AUGAGCUCCGUGAAAGAGGUCCCAAUCCCGGGACCAAGGGGCGUCCCGAUCUUGGGCAAUAUCUACGACAUCGAACCCGAGGUUCCAGCCAACAGCUUCGAGUUACUAGCCGAAAACUACGGCCACAUCUUCCGGCUGACUACGUUCGGCAAACCCAGAGUAUUCAUCAGCUCACAUGAGCUAGUCGACGAAGUAUGCGACGAGGAACGAUUCACAAAGAUUGUUUCGGCCGGCUUACAUGAGAUCCGAAAUGGUGUACAUGAUGGUCUUUUCACGGCCAACUAUCCCGGCGAGGAGAACUGGGCUGUUGCUCACCGUGUCCUUGUUCCUGCAUUUGGUCCGUUAAUGAUUCGGGGGAUGUUCGAUGAAAUGUACGACAUUGCCACCCAGCUCGUCAUGAAAUGGGCCCGCCAGGGUCCUAGCGCGCCCAUCGAGGUAACAGACGACUUCACCCGCCUUACACUGGACUCGAUUGCCCUCUGCGCAAUGGGUACCCGCUUCAAUUCAUUCUACCAUGAUGAAAUGCACCCGUUCGUUGAGGCCAUGGUUGGCCUGCUGGCUGGGUCUGGAACUCGCGCUCGUCGACCUGGUUUGAUCAACAGCUUGCCGACAACUGAGAACAGCAAGUACUGGACCGACAUUGAGUAUCUACGGAAUCUUGCACAGGAGCUUGUUGAUAACCGGAAAGAGAACCCUGUUGAGAAAAAGGAUCUCCUUAACGCUCUUAUUUUGGGACGGGAUCCACAGACCGGCCAGGGCUUGACUGAUGACUCGAUUGUGAAUAAUAUGAUCACUUUCUUGAUUGCUGGUCAUGAGACGACAUCCGGCAUGCUGUCUUUCCUUUUCUACCACCUUCUCAAGAACCCUAGUGCCUAUAAGAAGGCACAAGAGGAGGUCGACACCGUCAUCGGCAAACGCAAGAUUGUUGUCGAGGAUAUGUCGAAACUCCCAUACAUCACAGCUGUUAUGCGUGAAACCCUCCGUCUGAACCCAACUGCCCCAAUGAUCGCAGUCCACCCCCACCCGACCAAAAACAAGGAGGCACCGGUUACAUUGGGAGGCGGUAAAUACGUCCUGCACCCAGACGAGCCCAUCGCCCUCAUGCUGGGUAAGAUGCAACGUGACCCAAAGGUCUACGGCCCCGACGCCGAUUCCUUCAAGCCAGAGAGAAUGCUCGACGAGCAUUUCGACAAGCUACCAAAGAACGCCUGGAAACCAUUUGGCAAUGGAAUGCGAGGCUGUAUCGGACGGCCAUUUGCUUGGCAAGAGGUCCUCCUGAUCGUGGCCAUGCUCCUGCAGAACUUCAACUUUGAGCUGGAUAACCCUAGCUACGACCUCCGCAUCAAGCAGACACUUACUAUCAAGCCCAAGGACUUCCAGAUGAAGGCAACUCUCCGACAUGAUCUUGACCCCACCCAGCUCAGUAUUGCUCUUGGUGGUGCGCCUACCGAGACUGCUGCUGGCAGUCGGGAUCGCAAGCCUAAGGCUGCUGCGCCUGUAGAUGGCAAGUUGAAGCCUAUGCACAUCUUGUAUGGUAGCAACACCGGUACUUGUGAAGUCUUUGCUCGCAGACUGGCUGAUGAUGCCACGGCCUACGGAUACGCUGCUAAGGUCAGCUCUCUCGACUCCGCCAAGGAAAACAUUCCCAAGAAAGACCCGGUUGUUUUCAUCUCUGCUUCAUAUGAAGGCCAGCCUCCAGACAACGCAGCUCAUUUCUUCCAGUGGUUGAGUGAGUUGAAGGGAUCUGACCUAGAUGGUGUCAACUAUGCGACCUUUGGCUGUGGUCACCAUGACUGGUCCUCCACUUUCUACCGCAUCCCCAAGGCCAUUGACCAGCUGGCCAAGGACAAUGGUGCCAACAGACUGUGCGAGAUUGGUCUGGCUGAUGCAGCCAACUCGGAUAUGUUCACUGCUUUCGACAGCUGGGGCGAGACUUCAUUCUGGCCCGCUGUCACAGCCAAGUUCGGCGGUGCUAACCCCGAGAAGUCCUCCAAGCCCAAGUCCUCAUUACAGGUCGAGGUCAGCUCAGGCAUGCGGGCAUCAACUCUGGGCCUGCAGCUUGAGGAGGGCUUCGUUGUCGAGAAUCAGAUUCUGACGCACCCCGACGCCCCAACAAAGCGUCGUCCGCCGCGCAAUCAGCCGAUUCGAUCUCCCAUGGGAUGCCGUGCUCCGCGUCAAGAAGCCCUCGCAGAGCUCAAGCCCACCCCCUCCAUCCCCAUCGACGUCCCAAUCUCAGCAUCCGAGCUACUAUCCACAUACGUUGAGCUCUCCCAGCCCGCCUCAAAGCGUGACCUAAACAUGCUAGCAGACGCAACCCUCGACGCAGAAACCCAAGCCGAACUCCGCUAUCUAGCCUCAAGCCCGAGCCGCUUUACCGACGAAAUCGUCAAAAAGCGCGUCAGCCCGCUGGACCUCCUCAUGCGACACCCAGCCAUCAAGCUGCCCAUUGGCGACUUCCUUGCCAUGCUCCCGCCAAUGCGUGUGCGCCAAUACUCAAUUUCCUCCUCACCCCUCGCCAACCCAUCCGAAUGCUCAAUCACAUUCUCAGUCCUGAACGCGCCAGCGUUGGCUUCCACAACUGAAGGAGCCCAACUCGAGCAAUAUCUCGGCGUGGCAUCAAACUAUCUCUCUGAACUUCAGGUCGGCGAACGCGCUCACAUAACCGUGCGCCCUUCACACUCGGGCUUCAAGCCGCCUAUCGAACUCCAAACUCCAAUGAUCAUGGCCUGUGCUGGUAGCGGGCUCGCCCCGUUCCGUGGCUUUAUCAUGGAUCGUGCAGAGAAGAUCCGUGGCCGUCGCAGCUCGCCCAAUUCAGAUGAAUUACACGACGGCCAGCCCGCCAAGGCGAUUCUAUACGUCGGCUGCCGGACGAAGGGACAAGAUGAUAUCCAUGCCUCUGAAUUGGCAGAGUGGGCGAAGCUGGGUGCUGUCGAUGUCCGGUGGGCGUAUAGCCGUCCCACCGAUGGAAGGAAGGGGAAGCAUGUGCAGGAUCUCAUGCUCGAAGACCGGGUUGAAUUGGUUGAAUUGUUCGAGGCGGGUGCUCGGAUUUACGUCUGUGGUAGUACUGGUGUUGGCGGUGCUGUGCGGGAUGCUUGUAGGGAGAUGUAUCUCCAGAAGCGGACUGUCAAAAUUGCUGAGCUGAAGGAGAAGGGUGAGGAACUGCCUGUUGAUGCUGAGCUUGGGGACGAGGAAGCUGCUGACAAGUUCUUUGAUCGAUUGAGGACUUCGGAGAGGUAUGCUACUGAUGUUUUUACUUAG